AUGGUGAAAGACAACCCCAAGACCCAGCCAAAGCAGACGGGCAAGAAGUCUCGUUCUGCGAUCGGAGACGUCGUCGCGCGCGAGUACACCAUCCAUCUACACAAGCGAGUUCACGGCAUCAGCUUCAAGAAGCGAGCGCCCCGAGCGAUCAAGGAGAUUCGAAGAUUCGCCACACAGGCCAUGGGAACAAGCGAUGUGCGGCUCGACCCACAAUUGAACAAAAAGGUCUGGGAAUCUGGAAUCAAGGGUGUCCCCUUCCGCCUCCGGGUCCGGAUUUCGAGGAAGAGAAACGACGAAGAAGGAGCCAAGGAGAAGCUGUAUUCCUAUGUCCAGGCCGUGAACGUCAAGGAAAGGGAGGCAAAGGGCCUGCAGACUGUCGUUGUUGAGGAUUCGUGA